CUGAGCGACUCAGGAACCUCUGCACUGCCCCUACUCCUGUGACAGGGGGUGAUGGAGAAGAUUGGGAGAACACCCCAGAAAUGUGCUUGGUGCUGAGGCAGGAAGAUCUGGGUCCCUGCUGCUGCCUCUUGAAGAGACCCUUCCUCUGCCGUCACAGUUGAGACAGAGAACAGUUCCCCAGGGGAUGUUGCAAAGCUUAGGAUUGGGUAAAGCCCUGGCAGGAUGAGUCAUCCAUGUUCUUCCAGUUUGGCCCAUCAAUAGAACAGCAAGCUUCAGUCAUGCUCAACAUCAUGGAAGAAUAUGACUGGUACAUCUUCUCCAUUGUCACUACUUACUUCCCUGGUUACCAGGACUUUGUGAACAAGAUCCGCAGUACCAUUGAGCACAGCUUUGUGGGUUGGGAACUGGAGGAGGUCCUCCUGUUGGACAUGUCCCUGGAUGAUGGAGACUCAAAGAUCCAGAACCAGCUCAAGAAGCUCCAAAGCCCUGUUAUCCUCCUCUACUGCACCAAGGAAGAGGCCACCUACAUUUUUGAGGUGGCCAACUCUGUGGGUCUGACAGGCUAUGGUUACACGUGGAUCGUGCCCAGCCUGGUGGCAGGGGAUACAGACACAGUGCCAUCUGAGUUCCCCACCGGGCUCAUCUCUGUCUCAUAUGAUGAAUGGGACUACGGUCUUCCUGCUAGAGUGAGGGACGGAAUAGCCAUAAUCACCACGGCUGCUUCUGAUAUGCUGUCUGAACACAGCUUCAUCCCUGAGCCCAAAAGCAGCUGUUACAACACCCAGGAGAAAAGGAUUUACCAGUCCAACAUGCUCAACAGGUACCUGAUUAACGUCACCUUCGAAGGCAGGAAUUUGUCGUUCAGUGAGGAUGGAUACCAGAUGCAUCCCAAGCUGGUGAUCAUCCUUCUGACCAAGGAGAGGAAGUGGGAGAGGGUGGGGAAAUGGAAGGAAAAGAAGUUGCAGAUGAAGUACUACGUGUGGCCCCGCUUUGAGCUUUAUCCUGACUCUGAGGAGCGCGAAGAUGAUCACCUGAGUAUAGUGACCCUGGAAGAGGCACCGUUUGUCAUUGUGGAGAAUGUGGACCCCCUAAGUGGCACCUGCAUGAGAAACACAGUCCCUUGCCAAAAACGCAUUGUGACUGAGAACAAAACUGAUGAGGAGCCGGAUUAUAUGAAGAAGUGUUGUAAGGGGUUCUGCAUCGACAUCCUCAAGAAAAUCUCGAAGUCUGUCAAGUUCACCUAUGACCUCUACUUGGUGACUAAUGGCAAGCAUGGGAAAAAGAUCAAUGGGACGUGGAAUGGAAUGAUUGGAGAGGUCGUCACCAAACGGGCCUAUAUGGCUGUGGGAUCCCUCACAAUUAAUGAGGAAAGAUCAGAAGUAGUGGAUUUCUCUGUGCCCUUCAUUGAGACGGGAAUCAGCGUCAUGGUGUCACGUAGCAAUGGAACUGUCUCACCUUCUGCCUUCUUAGAGCCAUUCAGCGCUGACGUAUGGGUGAUGAUGUUUGUGAUGCUCCUUAUCAUCUCUGCAGUGGCCGUCUUUGUCUUUGAGUACUUCAGCCCUGUGGGCUAUAAUCGGUGCCUUGCUGAUGGCAGAGAGCCAGGAGGUCCCUCUUUCACCAUUGGCAAAGCUAUCUGGUUGCUGUGGGGGCUGGUGUUCAACAACUCUGUGCCAGUGCAGAAUCCCAAAGGUACCACUAGCAAGAUCAUGGUGUCAGUGUGGGCCUUCUUUGCUGUCAUCUUCCUGGCCAGCUACACUGCCAAUCUGGCUGCCUUCAUGAUCCAAGAGGAAUAUGUGGACCAGGUGUCUGGCUUAAGCGACAAAAAGUUCCAGAAACCCAAUGACUUCUCACCCCCUUUCCGCUUUGGGACAGUUCCCAAUGGCAGCACAGAAAGAAACAUUCGCAACAACUACCCUGAAAUGCACAGCUACAUGGUGAAGUUCAAUCAGAGGGGAGUGGAUGAUGCCCUAUUCUCAUUGAAGACUGGGAAGUUGGAUGCUUUCAUUUAUGAUGCAGCAGUGUUGAAUUACAUGGCUGGCAGAGAUGAAGGCUGCAAACUGGUGACAAUUGGGAGUGGGAAAGUGUUUGCCUCCACUGGCUAUGGCAUUGCCAUCCAAAAGGACUCCGGUUGGAAGCGCCAGGUUGAUCUUGCUAUCCUACAGCUUUUUGGAGAUGGGGAGAUGGAGGAGCUGGAAGCACUGUGGCUCACUGGCAUUUGUCACAAUGAGAAGAAUGAGGUUAUGAGCAGCCAGCUGGAUAUAGAUAACAUGGCAGGUGUCUUCUACAUGCUGGGAGCAGCUAUGGCCCUCAGUCUCAUCACCUUCAUCUGUGAACAUCUCUUCUACUGGCAGUUCCGCCACUGCUUCAUGGGUGUCUGCUCUGGCAAGCCUGGCGUGGUCUUCUCCAUCAGUAGGGGUAUCUACAGCUGCAUUCAUGGUGUGGCCAUUGAGGAACGCCAGUCAGCAAUGAACUCCCCCACAGCGACUAUGAACAACACCCAUUCCAACAUCCUCCGCCUGCUUCGGACAGCCAAGAACAUGGCCAACCUGUCAGGGGUCAAUGGCUCACCACAGAGUGCCCUGGACUUCAUCCGCCGCGAAUCAUCAGUUUAUGAUAUUUCUGAACACCGCCGCAGCUUCACCCACUCAGACUGCAAGUCCUACAACAACCCCCCAUGUGAGGAGAAUCUAUUUAGUGACUAUAUUAGUGAGGUGGAGAGGACCUUUGGCAACCUCCAAUUGAAGGACAGCAAUGUAUAUCAGGACCACUACCACCACCACCACCGUCCCCACAGCAUUGGAAGCACCAGCUCCAUCGAUGGGCUCUAUGACUGUGACAACCCACCUUUCAACGCCCAGUCGCGGUCCAUCGGGAAGAAGCCCUUGGAUCUGGGGUUGCCCCCUGCCAAGCACAGCCAGCUGGGUGACCUCUAUGGCAAGUUCUCCUUCAAGAGCGACCGCUAUGGGGGCAGUGGGGCCCACGAUGACCUGAUCCGCUCAGACGUCUCUGACAUUUCCACUCACACAGUCACCUAUGGCAACAUUGAAGGCAAUGCAGCUAAGCGGCGGAAGCAACAGUACAAGGACAGCCUGAAGAAGCGUCCAGCCUCUGCCAAGUCCCGGCGGGAGUUCGAUGAGAUAGAGUUGGCCUACCGCCGGCGCCCACCCCGCUCGCCUGACCACAAACGCUACUUCAGGGACAAGGAAGGGCUACGGGACUUCUACCUGGACCAGUUUCGGGCCAAGGAAAACUCACCACACUGGGAACAUGUGGACCUGACGGAUAUCUACAAAGAGCGUGGAGAUGAGUUUAAGCGGGACACGGGAGGAGGAGGAAGUGGAUCCUGCACGAACAGAGCCCACCAUAAGCACGGUUCGGGUGAGUUUGGCGGAAGCAAUGAGCACAAACAUGGUGUUGUGAGCGGGGUCCCGGCGCCCUGGGAGAAGAAUCUGACCAACCUAGACUGGGAGGACCGGUCUGGGGCUAAUUUCUGCCGCAGCUGCCCUUCUAAGGUGCACAACUACACUCCAUCAGUGGUGGGGCAGAAUUCCACUCGCCAGGCCUGCAUCCGGUGUGAGGCCUGCAAGAAAGCAGGCAACCUGUAUGACAUCAGUGAGGACAACUCUCUCCAAGAGCUGGACCAGCCACCUGCCCCUGUGCCCGUGGCCACCAGUGCCACCUCCUCCUCCAAAUAUCCUCAGAGCCCUUCCAAUUCUGCCUCCAAGGUGCAGAAGAAGAACCGCAACAAGCUCCGCCGGCAGCACUCCUAUGACACCUUUGUGGACCUGCAGAAGGAUGACUCGGCCCUGGCCCCUCGCAGCGUCAGCCUCAAGGACAAGGGUCGCUUUUUGGAAGGGAGCCCCUACGCCCACAUGUUUGAGAUGCCAGCCAGUGAGACCACCUUUGCCAACAACAAGUCCUCAGUGCCCGCCACCAGCUACCACCACCACAACAACCCUGGCAGCAGCGGGGGAUACAUGCUCAGCAAGUCGCUCUACCCUGACAGGGUCACCCAAAACCCUUUCAUCCCCACUUUUGGGGAUGACCAAUGCUUGCUCCACGGCAGCAAAUCUUAUUUCUUCAGGCAGCCUGUGGUGGCAGGAGGGCCCAAAGCCAGGCCAGACUUCCGAGCCAUCGUCACCACCAACAAGCCGGUGGUCUCAGCCCUUCAUGGGGCUGUGCCAGCCCGUUUCCAGAAGGACAUCUGUAUAGGGAACCAGUCCAACCCCUGUGUGCCUAACAACAAAAACCCCAGGGCUUUCAAUGGCUCCAGCAACGGGCAUGUUUAUGAGAAACUCUCCAGUAUUGAGUCUGACGUUUGAGUGAGAGGGAAGGAGCAUGGGGAGGGACUGGGGGUGGAUGUGGAGCAUGGGAGGGUGGGGUGGGAUCAAUCCCAUCGGCUACUCUCCCUGGUCAUCCUUAGUUUGUGGGAUACUGGAGUUCUGAGUAGUACAGCAUUGGUGACAAGUGCCACCUCUUUGGUUUCCCCUCUUCCUCCUCCUCUUUCCCACCCCUCCCCUUUUAUCUCUUUUUCCAUGUUCUCUCUCCUCCCAUUCUCCUCCAUUCCUAGCCAUUGCACUUUACAGUGACGUUGGAGUUGGAUAUCCUCAUUCGUGAUUUCACGAGGGGGAGAAGAAGGCAGGGAAGGGGUGGGUUGAGGGGGAGCAAUAGUGAUUCUAGCAUUUCACUCUUGCUGACUCCCAGCAGAGAAAGGCAUGUGCAUGCACACAUGUGGCAGGAGGAGACAGCAGAAGAAGUGUAAUGGACAUGCAGGAAAAUACGCUUGUUCAGGCAACUCUUCCUAAAACUGCCUAGAAAAGAGUGAUGUUUGAAGACGUGGAGAAAGUGAAGGAGGAAUAACAUGACUAACUUGAUGAUGCACUUAUAUGUUAGGUAUACUGAGGUUCUUGUUACAUUAUUUUGUGAAGAUUAUGGGGGUUUAGGGCUGAAAUAUAUAUAUAUAUAUAUUUGCGUAUACGCUGAGAAUUUUACGCUGACGUUUUGAAUCGUUUGCUGGGAGAUGUGGGGGGAGGGAGAGAAGGCUUGUUUGCAGGUCUGGUGAGUGGUUUCACUGUGGCUAUUACAGCCAUUGAAUCUGUGACAGAUCAGUGGGAGAGUUGGAAAGGAAAUGGGUUUCGAGUCUGGGAGAGCAACCCUUAAAUCAGGGGGGCUUCUGGGAGCUCUGACAGGAUGCUGUUUUGCACUGAAAUGAAAGGAAUUUUGAAAAAGGGAAGCAGAGUUGGUUUUUUAGCUAUGAAUUGCUCACUAAUUGUGGUUUACUUUAAGGGUGGGAGCAGUAUUUAGUAUGGGUUAGCCUAUACGCGAGUAUAUACAAUGAAUUUAUACUUGAAAUGUCUGUGGAGAAAGCAAAAUAAACUCACAAUCCUAUAAGGUGUCUGGAUAACACAGAGUGGAAAAGAGCUAAGGAGUAGGGAAAGGUGGGGAGUUUUGUCACUGUCUCUUCAGAGGACACCAAGCCUCUUUUGGCAUGUUCUUUAGCAAGGAGAGCAGGACAAGAAACAUUUUCAUCCUUCUGCCCUCCCCACCCUUGGCCAGCAGGAUGGAAGAAAAGGAAUGCGGUGUCCUGGUGUCCUCUGCCAAUGGUGGCAUGGUGGUGGAGAGGAAAAAAAAAAAAAAAAAAAAAAACAA